AUGGCUGGCGUUGCCGCCGCCAAGGACAGCCGAACCUUUGCUGUCCUGCGCUUCACCAACAAGGGCCUGGUCACCACCCGUGCCGACCCCAUCGUCAACCCGGGCGUGCCCUCCACCCACGUCCACAACGUCCUCGGCGGCAGCAACUUUGGCUUCUCCUCCACCGGCGAGGACCUGAUCAAGUCCAACUGCAGUACCGCCCUGGUCAAGGGCGACUACAGCAACUACUGGUACCCGACGCUCUACUUCCACGACCCCAAGACGGGCAACUUUGAGUACGUCGACGUCUACUACACCAACGUCUACUACUUCUUCGAGGCCACCAACGACCAGAUCAAGGCCUUCCCCACGGGCCUGCAGAUGCUGGCCGGCAACUCCAUGCAGCGCACGCCUCCCGCCACCGGCAGCGACCAGCUCGACCCGUCCAAGGGCCCCAUCAACCAGGUCCAGUUCACCUGCCCGCGAUCCAGCUACAACCCGCCCUCGUACCCCGUCGGCUCCGACGGCACAAAGGCCGGCAUGGUCGACCCCAACAACCAGGGCGCUGGCGUUGGCUUCCCCGACGUCACCUGCGACGGCAUGUACUCUCCUCUCCGUCUCGACAUCCACUUCCCCUCGUGCUACAACCCGGCCGCCGGCCUCACCAACUACAAGGAGAACAUGGCCUACCCCACCGAUGCCGGCAACGGCAAGCAGGACUGCCCCCCCGGCUGGAUUCACACUCCUCACAUCUUCUUCGAGGUCUACUACGACACCCAGCCCUACAAGGGCCGCUGGACCGAGAACCAGGGCACCCAGCCCUUUGUCUUCUCCACCGGUGAUGUGACUGGCUACAGCGGCCACGCCGACUUCAUGGCCGGCUGGGACGAGGACCUCCUCCAGCACAUCAUUGACACCUGCGACGCCGGUGACGCUGGCAUGGACCAGUGCCCCGGUCUCUUCUACGGCCUCAACAGCGGCGACUGCACCAUUGAGCCCCUCGUUGACGAGCAGGUCACCGGCACCCUCACCAAGCUGCCCGGCAACAACCCUCUCAGUGGCUUCAGCUUCGGCGCUGCCCCCCAGAUGGGCACCGGCUCUGGCUCUUCCGGCACCAACAACAACGCCGCUGCCUCUUCCACUCCCCAACCAAGCCUGCUGCCGCCCAGCCCACCACCAAGCGCUGCCAACGUCCACACCGUCACCGAGACCGUCACCGUGACUGCUGGCUCCCCCGCCGUGACUGCUGCUGCUGCUUCUCCUUCUGGCACCAAGAACAACGCUGCUGCCUCCACCGUCGGUGGCUACACCUACGCCGGCUGCUACCAGGACAACAUUGGCCGUGUUCUCAGCGGUGAUGUCCUGCCCAACCUUGGCCCCAUGACCAACGAGAAGUGCGUUGCCAACUGCGUCAGCAAGGGCUUCUCCCUCGCUGCUACUGAGUACGGUGGCCAGUGCUACUGCGGUAACGAGCUCGUUGGCUCCGCCAAGCUCGCUGACUCCCAGUGCAGCGUCGCCUGCGAGGGCAACAGCAAGGAGAUUUGCGGUGGAAGCUGGGCCAUCAGCGUCUACAGCAAGACUGGCGCCGUCGCCAUGAAGGCUGGCAAGGCCCGUCGCUCCGAGCACGCCCACCGCCACCGCAGCCAGCGCAACUAA